AUGAAACGUGAGAACGAAGGAAAUCAACAACAGCAAAUUAACAUGGAAGAAUUGGACCAAGAAUAUUCAAAUGAGAAUACUGAUAAUCAAGAUCAAGAAGGAAAUGAAAAUGAUUCAAAUAAUCAAAAUCAAGAAAGUGGACCAAACAAUCCACCAAAACGCCAACGCCGCAGUGAUGACGAAGAAAUUCGUUUGCUGAUUCCAAGCAAAAUGGCUGGUGCAAUUAUAGGAAAAGGUGGUCACAACAUACAAAAGCUUCGAACUGAGUAUAAAGUCCAAGUGAAUGUUGGCGAUUGUCAAGGUCCCGAACGUGUCAUUACGAUCGCUUCAAACUUGGAUACAUGCUGCACAGUAAUCAGAGAAAUCAUGAAGCAUUUCGAUAAGGGAAGUGCUGAUGAAUGUGAGCUAAGAGUUCUGGUUCAUCAAAGCUUGGCUGGAUGUGUCAUUGGAAAAAGUGGAGCGAAAAUAAAGGAACUUAAAGAUAGAAUCGGAUGUCGUUUGAAAAUAUUUUCAAAUAUUGCUCCGCAAAGUACAGAUCGUAUUGCCCAAAUCGUAGGAAGAGAAGAUCAAUGCAUUGAUUGCCUAACUGAAAUUGUGGAUCUUAUUAAAUCGACUCCAAUCAAAGGCCCAGUACAUAACUAUGAUCCACAUAAUUUUGAUGACAUGUAUGCUGACGAAUAUGGUGGUUAUGGGAGUGGAAUGAGUUCCAACUUUCGAGAUGGAAACAAUCGUUUUGAAAGAGGAGGACGAUUUAAUGAUCGAGGAAGAUUUAAUAGUGAUCGACGUGGAGGCGGAAAUCGUGGAAAUGGUAAUAAUACCAUGAGAGAUUAUGUUGAUCCAUGGGCACAUAAUCUGAAUGGAAACAAUCAAUUAGGAGGAAUGAACAACUUUGGCAAUGGUAAUAUGGGAAGUACUACAGGAAAUAACAGCAAUUUUGGUACUAAUGUUGAUAUGGACGGGAAAUCUUCAACUCAAGUUACAAUUCCAAAAGAUUUGGCAGGAGCUAUCAUUGGCAAAGGAGGUGGCAGAAUUCGUCGUAUUCGUUCUGAGUCAAAUGCAUUCAUACAAAUCGAUGAAGCUCUUCCAGGUUCGACAGACAGAAUAAUCACAAUAACUGGUACACCAAAACAAAUUCAAGCUGCGCAGUAUAUGCUGCAACAAAGCACAACUGUAUGUGCUUUUUGUUACAAUAAUAUCAGUUCAAUUGAGACAGUAGCAUGUAUCAAUUUUUGUUUCAUCGAGAAUCAUGGAUCUGUGAAUAGACAAAAUAUAAAGUGUUGA